UGAACUUGCAGGGUGUUUUGAAGGCGCGUCUUCUGAGGCGCUGCCUGUCCUGACUAUCGUUUCUGUGUGGGGUGGGAGCGGCAGGGAGAGGAUGCAGGGUAGGGGUGGCCUCCCAGCCACCCUGGGCGCGGCAGCGGCCGCCCAACUCUCCUGGGAGCCCGCGGCGCCGGGGGCCAACCCCGGGGAGCGCUGAAACGCGCCCCGAAUGAAUGAAAGCGCCACCGCAGCCACGGCCUCCAAACGCCCACCCGGGGGUGGCGAGUGGGGGACAGCGAGUGUGCGCGCCCCGGCCAGGGGGUCCGGCGGCGGCCUCCGGGCAUGCUCAGUGGCGGCGGCGGCCGCGGACCGCGCAGUCGGAGGCUCGCGGCGGCGAAGCGGGCGGCGCUGACGCGCGCGCCGCGGCCGCGGGGACUGGAGGACGGCGGAGGGGCGGGGACGCGGGAGGUGGGGCCGCCGUCGCCGUCAGGCCCCAGGGAGCGCGGGGCGCCGCCGCCGCCGCCGCUCCUCCCCUGGGUUCCGUCUCCGGGGCUGGCGACCGCGGCGGCACAGCAGCGGAGCCGGCAGCCGCGCUCCGCCGGCAGUUGGGAGGGCAGCGCCCGCGCCUCCGCGGCGUCAUGGGCCCCCUCCCCGGGCCUCAGCGGGCACCCGCCGCGGGAACCCCCGGGCCUCCUCGCGGCCGAGCCUGAGCGACCCCCGGUCCUCCAGCGCCCUCUCCCUCCGCCCGAUCUCUCCCCCUCUGCCCUCGCCGCCGCUACCGCUUCGGCUUUCCGUGAUGGCAACGGAGCCACCGUCCCCCCUUCGGCUCGAGGCGCCCGGCCCCCCAGAUGUGCGGACCCCACCGGCGAGCGAGGCGGACUCCGAGAGCACCCCGAAACCGGCGGGCGGCACGCUCCGCUUCCUCAACGGCUGCGUGCCCCUCUCGCAUCAGGUGGCCGGGCACAUGUACGGGAAGGACAAAGUGGGUAUCUUGCAACAUCCAGAUGGCACAGUUUUGAAACAGCUACAGCCACCUCCAAGGGGCCCAAGAGAGUUAGAAUUCUAUAAUAUGGUAAGUGAGGUUUAUGCUGCUGAUUGUACCGAUGGUGUUCUUUUAGAGCUACGAAAAUAUUUGCCAAAAUAUUACGGCAUCUGGUCACCUCCCACUGCACCAAAUGAUUUAUACCUAAAACUGGAAGAUGUGACCCAUAAAUUUAAUAAGCCCUGUAUAAUGGAUGUAAAGAUAGGGCGAAAAAGCUAUGAUCCUUUUGCCUCAUCUGAGAAGAUUCAGCAACAGGUCAGCAAGUACCCAUUAAUGGAAGAGAUUGGGUUCUUGGUGCUUGGCAUGAGGGUUUAUCAUGUUCAUUCUGAUAGCUAUGAGACACAAAACCAGCACUAUGGAAGAAGCUUAACAAAAGAAACUCUAAAGGAAGGAGUUUCCAGGUUUUUUCAUAAUGGAUUCUGCUUAAGAAAAGAUGCUGUUGCUGCCAGUAUUCAGAAGAUUGAGAGAAUUCUGCAGUGGUUUGAAAGCCAGAAGCAGCUUAACUUUUAUGCAAGUUCAUUACUGUUUGUUUAUGAAGGUUCAUCUCAUCCAACUACUACAAAAUCAAAUGACAGAACUUUGGCAGAAAAGUUUUUGUCCAAAGGACAACUCUCGGACACAGACGUACUGGAGUAUAAUAAUAACUUUCGAGUGUUAAGUUCCACAACAAAUGGAAAAAUAGAGGCUUCAGUAGGCAAAAGCUUGUCCAAGAUGUAUGCACGUCACAGAAAAAUGUAUUCAAGAAAGCAUCACAGUCAGACUUCAUUGAAAGUUGAAAAUAUAGAGCAAGACAAUGGGUGGAAAAGCUUGUCACAGGAACAUUUAAAUGGAAAUGUACUUUCCCAACUGGAAAAAGUUUUCUACCAUCUUCCCACUGGUUGCCAAGAGAUUGCUGAAGUAGAAGUGCGAAUGAUAGAUUUUGCUCAUGUUUUCCCUAGCAACACAAUAGAUGAGGGAUAUGUUUAUGGACUGAAGAAUUUAAUUACUGUACUUCAGAGCAUUUUGGACAAUUGAAUCCUUUGCUGCAGUCUUUUUAAGGGGUGGGGCAAUCAUUGUGAAAAGCAGCAGUCAAUAUCUCUGCACUUGUAAUGCUAUGUAAACAAUUUGUAUUGUGAGUCGGCAUUUUAUUUGUCUUUACACUUUUGGUAGAAGGGUUAACUUUUUUAUAAUCUUACUCAGGAAAACUUAUUAUUUGUUCAUUAGAAAACUAUGAAGAAUAAAGAAACUUUGGAAUGUUAAGCAGGGAAUGUGGUGGUACAUGAUUUAAACAUCUAUUUGGCUCAAGCAAAAUGCAAAACAUUCAGUCAUUAAGAGUUUAGUUUUCUGUAGCCAAUUUAUCAUGAAAUCUCUGUCCACCCAACUGUGACAAUGAGCCAUAUCUAAACUCUUUACAUUAUGAGAAUAUUUUCAAAAAUCUAGAAAGCACAGGUUGAUGUCCUUAGUGUUACUUUUUGAAGUUAUUAAAACUGGAGAAAAUUCUACUUCAGAAAUAAGUACUGUUUAGGUUUUAUAUUAAAAUUUAGACCAGCAUAUCUAAAGGUGCUUCUCAGUGAAAUGAUUUUGAAUUAUUUUAUUCCAAAAGCAGAUUUUCCCUUUAAUUUUUAUUUAUUACUCAUAUUUCAAUAUGUUUAUACUUCAUGAAAAAGGUAAUUGAAACAGACAACAACAACAAAAAUCUUGAAAUUAAGGCCACUAAUAAUUAUUCUUGCCAGGGCAAGAAGAUACAAGUUACUUGGAAGAAACAUGUUUUUCUUUUAAAAUCUUUCAUUUAUGGGCAAAUUGGAAUAUAUAUUUACUAUAUUGUGAAAAGUGUUAUAAACUCUAUGCCUUCUCCUCCAACUGCAGCUUCAAAAAGGUGGGUGAUUGAAACUUGGUCUUAUUUCUCCUUAAAAUAACUUGAAUUUUUAAAAAUUUUAUAUAUUUUUACGUGUCCAUUUAGUUAAACAGUAGAGUAAAUCUAUGUUGCUAAAAAUGAUGUUUCUCAAAAUUCUAAUAUGCAGUGAAGGACAACAUCCAAUAUUGUGUUAUUAAACAUACUGUGUAAAUUAGUACAUCAUAGAGAGUGGUGCAUAUCUAAACCCAUGCUUCUGUUUCAUUGUUACUCAAAAUAGUUUUAUAUUAUGUUCAAGAGAGAAAUUAUGAUUUAAUUUUAUAGAUGGGGGAUAAUGCUAUUUUUCCUGGAUAAAUUAGAGUCUGUAUUACCUGUUUCAUAUUUACGUUUUUAAAAAUAACCAAUUAUUAUUGAAAACUUUAAAGUUAAUUUGCAAAUAUGUUAGAUGUUUAUGCUCCCAUUGCUUGCAUUUUGAUUCACUAAUAACACAUCUAAGUCAGUGAUGGCAAACCUAUGACAUGUGUGUCAGAGGUGACAGGUGAACUCAUUUUUUUGGUUGAUUUUUCUUUGUUAAAUGGUAUUUAAAUAUAUAAAAUAAAUAUCAAAAAUAUAAAUCUUUGUUUUACUAUGGUUGCAAAUAUCAAAAAAUUUCUAUAUGUGACACGACACCAGAGUUAAGUUAGGGUUUUUCAAAAUGCUGACAUGCCGAGCUCAAAAGGUUCGCCAUCACUGAUCUAAGUACUUAAUAUUCUUGCCACAUUCUUUGGAAAAUGUUUUAGAGCUGUUAAUGUGUCCCAACCGCCCCCCCCCCAAUUUCUCCUAAGAAUUAUAAAUUAAAUUUUUAAAUCCAAUAAUUUUUUUUUAGUAUGGAGGAAAGUAUCACAAUUUUAUGUUUAUGUCACCUUCCCAAGCCCCUCUGAGGGCACUUUGCAAAAUAUCUGAGCACAAACAGAAGUACCAAAUGCUCUGUGAAUUCUAAGUUUAAUAAAUCUAUUAAACACGAAUAACUUUGAAAUUCAUAUGCAUUUUGUUAUAGCAAAAUUUGAUUGUUUUUAAUUUUUUUAUUUGUAAGUUUUAUAUAGGCACUUCAUAUUUUUCUCUGCUGCCUAAAUGGGUAUUAGCUUUUGUUUUUUGUUUUUCUUUGUGGGGAUGAAUUUCAAGUAAUAAUUAAUAGAAAUGUUUUAGUUUUACUUGAUUUUUCCUACAAUAUAGACUUUUUGUUGUUGUUAUUUGGAUAGUGGCUCAUUAAAUCUUAAGUUCAGAUAAUUAGACACUAUUUUGAAUCUGAACAAAACAAGAAGUUUUUUUUUGUAGGGAACGGUAUCAGCCUAUGUAAAAUGAAUUUAAUACAUUAAAGUAUUAAUCAGAUUUUUUUGCACAUUUUAUAUCAAUAAAGUGUGUCAACUAUUCCAGAUUUUCUUUACCUAUAUUUGGAAAUAUAGUUUUGUAAAAUCAGUGUCUUACCUUUUUUAUAAAAUAGAUAAUAUUUUGUUUAUUUUAAUAAAACAAGAAGCCCUUUUAUCUUUUGUUUUUCAGGGAAGGGAUUAACAUUUGUUUGUUUACAUUUUUUAUCACUGUUAUCUAAUGCUUGUUUUAUGUUACUUUAUAAGUAAGCUUACAUAUAACAGAAUAAGUAUCUGUUUAUGUAAUCUACAUGUGAUUAUUUUACUGUCUAGUCCAGUCAUUUAGCAUUAUGCUGAAAUUUACCACUGCGGGAAUAGAAUGAUCACUAUUCACCAAGCAUAUUUAAACAUGUAAAUGUUUAAGAAGUAAUCAUAAUAAGGAUAUAGUUUGAAUUAAUAGAUUUAUCACUUUUUUCCCACUAGAAAACACAAACAGUGGUUUUAGUGUAUUUCUUACAGAAUACACUAGUAAAAAGAACUUUAAGAAGUUAUGGGAAGUGAAUAUUACAUUUCUCUAAUAAAAAUUGAAAUUGUAUAAUAGUUUUAUAAGAAAGUAUUUACACUAAUUGAUAUUUUAAUAUGGAUGGAAGUUGCAUAGGUUCAAAUAAAAAAAUUGAUAAAUGCUAAAUAUUUUAUCUAAAUAGUUUUUCAAGAAACAGUUGUGAAAUGUGUAUUACAUACCUCUAACAUGGAGCUUGUGGUAUUUUCAAUUCAGUAUUCAUUAUUCUUUAUGUGUAUGGAAAGAUUGUACUUACUAUGCCUCUUACACUACAUUUUACUAUUGUGGGGCUUUAGACUAUUCAACUGAGUAAGAACUUUUUAAAUUUUACUGUUUUAUGAUUUUCAAGAUGAUGUUCUUCAUAUCUCUAUAAUGUCUAUCAAAUUUAAAACAUAAGAAGAAAAAAAUUAAUUUUCAAAGAUAAUUCAGUUGCAUUUUUCUUGUUUCAUGCAACUGAAAACAUUUAUUUCUAGGAUUUGGAAUAUAGAACACACAUAGGAUGAAAGAAAAUGGUAAAACAAUGAAAGAAUUUUAUGUGUGAAAUUAUAGAAAUUUUGUCAACUAUUUUAAAGCAUUAUUUUAGUACCAUUUUCUCAUAGCAGUUCAACAUUUGAUACUUUAAAACUUGAUUUGCUUUAAAAAUUAUUUACCAUGCUUUGUAAUAAUCUUUCUGAUCCAGUGCCUUUAACCUUGAUUUGAUAUAUGUGUAGCUUCAGUUGUCUUUCCAUUACAUUCUAUGUUAUCACAGCGUAGAUAUCAGUUUCUUUUAAAAAAUUGUUAGUUUGGUUGUGCAAAGAGGUAAAUUGCCUAUUAAUGCUUUGGGAAAACAAGUAUAGUUGCCCAUGGAGGUCAGGCUUCUUAUUAGUUCACUAGAGGCCCGGUGCACGGAAUGUGUGCACUGGAGGGGGUGUGUCUCUCAGCCAGGCCUGCGCCCUCUUGCAAUCCAGGACCCCUUGCUCCUUACCGCCUGCCUGCUCGCUGCUCCUUACUGCUCAGCUCAGUGCUCCUUAGCGGUGCCGUGGAGGUGGGAGAGGGUCCUGCCACCGUGGCUGCGCUCGCCAGCCGUGAGCCCAGCUUCUGGCUGAGCAGUGCUCCCCCUGUGAGAGUGCACUGACCACCAGGGGGAAGCUCCUGUGUUGAGCAUCUGCUCCCUGGUGGGCAGUGCUCAUCAUAGCGACCGGUGGUUCUGGUCAUUCCGCCAUAACCGUCACUUAGGCUUUAUUAUAUAGAUUCAAAAAUACUGGAUAUUUACCAUAUGCUAACCAUUUUUAGCCCCUGAAUAUACAGUUGUGAACUAAUCAGACAAAGCCCUAUUUCCAGCAUUCUGUCUAGAUGGCGUGGGGUUGGGGACUGAAUUAAAAUAGAGAUACAGAGAAAUAUUUAUUUCAAGAUGAUAAAGUUAACUAGCAUUUGAGUUUGUGUAAAGAUAAGGUAAUAAUUAUUGAGUUGAGAUGAAGCAACUAACAAUGUUAGAGAGGUUGAAAAUAGUACUUUGCAGUAUUGUAACCUCUAUUUGGCUUUGAGUUCAGAUAGUAAUAUAUAGCAUAUAAAGGCCUUAAUUUUUCAAUUUUCUUGCUUGUUGGUAAAGGUACGUUUACGUAGACUGUCCAUUUAGAGUAGUGCUUUAACAUUACUGUGAGAAAUAUCCCAUUAUAUUUUCACAAGCAAUUUACUGCACAUUUUUUACAUUGUAUUUUAUAAUUUAGUACUAAUGUUUUAGGCCUCAAUCUUCAAAUCACUUUUAAAUUUGGCAAUGAAUGUGAAAUUUACUGUUUGAUUUACAGGAUAAUUUUAUUGUUACUUAAAAUGCUUGUUAAUAGGAAGGUUGGAGUUUCCAUUUUUGAGGAGUUAAUGUUUAAAUUAUUUUGAUAGCAUCUAGUAAGAGGAAAUAGUAUUCAUGCGAUUAAACAAAUUAAAAUAUACUCUCAAGAAUUUUUUUAAUUGUUAAACUUCGUCAUCAUUGGGGCUAAAUUUUAACCUGGUGUUCUCUUACAAUAUAUAUUAACAAGUUUAAUUAUGAAGUGAAAUAGUCUUAAGGAUGAUGUAUGAUGCACCUAAAUAUAAAUGAAAAUGGCGUGCACAAAGACACUUUACUAUGGGAGCUGUACUGGAAGAUUUGUGAAAGCAUGUGAAAUUGCACCUAAACUUGUGUUGUUAGUGACUAUGCUAAGUUUAUUGUACUUGAUGAAUGAAUGUAUUUAGUCUAGUCAGAGUUACUUUUUGGUUUAAAUGUCUCUUAAUGUAUUUGUAAUUUGUACUAUUGAUGGGGGUAUUCUUGGACUGCAGGGGUUAUUGUCAAUGUGUGAUUUUAUUUUAUAGAAUCAUCUAAUGUGAUAUACCAAUUUUUAUAAGUGAUAUUUAGAUAAUUCUAAUAACUGUAUAUUUGACAACCUAUUAAAAUGUUUUGCAUUGGA